AUGGGUGGCCUGACCUGCGCUUUGGCUCUGGCAAAGGAAGGUUUCAAGCACAUCGACGUUUAUGAGAAUGCACACGAUCUGGGCUUCGUUGGAGCUGGUAUCCAACUGGCCCCGAACAUGGCCCGCGUGCUGGAUCGCCUGGGCGUCUGGAAGCCCAUUGAGGCCGAAGCUGUUAACAUCACUUCCACUAGCGUUAGAGUCGGUGCCUCGGACUCAGAAUUGGCCCACGUUCCAUUGGAAUAUAUCCACGAUACCUACGGAUAUCCUCACAUGGUUGGCCACCGGUCUUCCCUCGCCGGCCACCUGUACCAAGGUUGCCUGCAGCACCCUGACCAGAUCCACUUCCACUUCGCCACUACCGCCAGCGACACCACCUUCGGCCCCAAGUCCUCCUUCACUGCCACCCCCCGCGACGCCCCCGAGAAGGCCUACCGCGUCGAGGCCGAUGUCCUCCUCGCCUGUGAUGGCAUCAAGUCCCAGGCCCGUGUGGCCAUGCUCGAUCUCCUCAACAUCAAGGCCAGCGUCAAGGACACCCACCAGGCCGCCUACCGUAUCAUGAUCCACAAGGACCAGAUCAAGGACGACCCGGAGCUCCUGGAGCUCAUGAACGGCAACCGCGUGACUCGCUGGAUCGGCGAGAAGCGCCAUAUCAUCGCCUACCCCGUCUCCAACAACACCAUCUACAACCUCUCCACCACCCAACCCGACACUCACUUCGCCGCCGCCACCAAUGCCACCUACACCACCCGCGGUGACAAGUCCGUCAUGCUGGGCGUCUUUGGCGACUUCUGCCCCAUGGUCCAGCGUAUGCUGAACUACGUCCCCGAGGGUGAAGUCUGCGAGUGGAAGCUGCGUGUCCAUGAGCCCCUCCCCACCUGGGUGCACGAGACCGUCGCCCUCGUCGGUGAUGCCUGCCACCCUACCCUGCCCCAUCUCGCCCAGGGUGCCGCCCAGGCCAUCGAAGACGGUGGUGUCAUUGGUGCCGUGCUCUCCAAGCUCCCCGAUACCACCCCGGCUUCCAUCCACAAGGCCCUCAAGGUUUACGAGAAGGUGCGCAAGGACCGCGCCUACGCUAUCGUCGAACUGGCCGCCGCUUCCGGUCGUGCUCUGCACCUGGGUGAAGGUGCCGCCAAGGAGGAGCGCGAUCGCCAAUUCGCUGCUCUCCGCCAGGGCAAGGGCCCUGUGCCCGACAAGUGGGCGGAUGCCGAUGUCCAGAAGGAGCUGUAUGGCGUUGAUGCGACUAAGAUCGCGCUGGAGCAAUUCGACGAGCUCUUUGCUUCUGUGUAA